GGACCCCGACCCACAAAGGAGCAGCCGGGCCCCAGCUCCCACGCCGCCACCCCGUGCCGCCCGCCCGCCCCGCCGGCCACCGGCCCCUUCGAAAAGUCACCGGAGAACUGCUCGCCCGACCUGAGCGCUGAGGAGGACGACAUGAUGAUGUGCUCCAACGCCAAGUGCCGGCGCACGGAGACCAUGUUCAACGCCUGCCUCUAUUUCAAAUCGUGCCACAGCUGCUACACGUACUACUGCUCCCGGCACUGCCGGCGCGAGGACUGGGACACGCACAAGGCCAGCUGUGUCUAUGGGCGGGUGGGCAGCGUCUGCCGCCACGUCCUGCAGUUCUGCCGCGAAAACACCGAGGUGCACAAGGCUUUCUCGCGCAUCGCCAAGGUGGGAUACCUCUCCCGCGGCCGUGGCGUCCUCUUCCUAGGCUUCCCCAAUUCGGGGUCAGCCGAGAACUUUCUCCAGUUUGGGCUGGAGAGCCUGCUGAUGUCCCCCACGUAUCUGUCCCUGCGGGAGCUGGACAGCUACUCGGACAACCUGGGGGAGUAUGCCCAGGAGCUGCGGGAGACAGGCAACCAGUACGACCCCAACGAAUGUUUCCUGCUGAAUGUAACCGUGGCCGUCACUCAGAAAGUGCCAGAGAGGCCGUCACCCAAGAUGCAGGUGCCGACGGUCAGGAAAUAUGCCAAGGUGGCCUUAGCCUCCUCCAGCCCCGAGAAGAAGAUCUUGAAGAAGGAGCGGGACAUGGAAACGUUGAUCCUGACGCCACCGCCCGGCACGGCGGACAUCGACAAGGAGGGGGAGGAGGGUCGGAAGGCACGGGAGGUUUGCUUCAUCAACAUCCAGCGGGAGCUGCGCAUCCGCGGCGUCUUCCUGCGGCACGAGUUCCCUGCUGUCUACGAGCAGCUCUGCGACUUCGUGGAGAGCAACAAGCGCUUCACCCCCACCACCAUCUACCCCAUCGACAAGAGGACGGGCAAACAGUUCAUGUGCAUGAUUAUGGCGGCCUCCGAGCCUCGCACCCUCGACUGGGUGGCCAGCCCCAACCUCCUGGACGACAUCAUGUGAACGCAGGGCGGGGGGCACCCCCUCUGUAGAUACGUGCUGUCCUGUCAGAACCCCCCAGGCUUUUACACCAAGGGGAGGGGGCGGCGGGCGGCCGGCAGUGCCGGGGGGACCGCGGGGUGACGGGAGCACGGCCCGAGGUUUGCCCUGGAGCCCAGAGUCUGGCGAGCCCUUGCACAGCCCGCUCGGGUGAGCGGUGCUCGGCCAGAGCGGGGACGGCCCGCAUCCCCCCAGCCCCUGCCCACCGGGCCGGGAC